UGUGAGGCCAUCAAAAUAUUUACAAAAAACGAUUUAUUUAAAUUAAUUUCCAACAGUUAGAGUAACUUUAUCGUAAAGUUAAAUCAAAAACAAAUAUUAAAAUGAAUCGUCUGUUUGGAAAAGGUAAGCCCAAGGAGCCAGCACCAAAUCUAAACGAUUGUAUUGCCGGGGUUGAUACUCGUGCGAAUAACAUCGAGGAAAAGAUUACAAAGCUGGAUAAUGAAUUGCGUAAAUAUCGUGAACAAAUGUCGAAAAUGCGCGAAGGACCGGCUAAAAACUCUGUAAAGCAGCGUGCUAUGCGUGUGCUGAAACAGAAGAAGGCUUAUGAACAACAAGUUGAAGCACUGCGUAAUCAGUCAUUCAAUAUGGAACAGGCUAACUAUGCUGCACAAUCGCUAAAAGACACACAAGCUACUGUAGCUGCAAUGAAGGAUGGUGUCAAACAAAUGCAGAAGGAAUUCAAGAAAGUCAAUAUCGAUCAAAUUGAGGAUAUCCAAGACGAUAUGGCCGAUAUGCUGGAACAAGCAGAUGAGGUACAAGAAGCUUUAGGACGUACAUAUGGCAUGCCAGAAGUUGACGAUGAUGAACUGCAAGCAGAAUUGGAUGCACUAGGUGAUGAAAUAGCACUCGAUGAUGAUACCAGCUACUUGGAUGACAUGGUGAAAGCACCAUCAGCUCCCGAUAAGGAACCAGGUGCCGAUAGUAUUGUACCCGGCAGUAAAAGUGGAAUUGAAACUGACGAGUUUGGCUUGCCUAAAGUGCCCACUUCGGUUAAAACGUCUUAAAAACAUUUAGUUCGUUUUGCGUCUCUAGUAAGAUGUCAAAAUAGCAACGUUAAUUAAGAGAAUUUAAAGCUGUAAUAAUUGAAAUGGAUUUUUUAUGUCUGCUUUCUUGUAAACAUUUUAUUUUUAGAAUCAUCAUUAAAUAAGCUUCAAACAUACAUAAAAACUAA